GAAGAGGGAGAGUUAGAUAAAUAGCAGUGUGGCUUCCCCGGCUCCUCUCUGCAUCCUUCCCCACCUUCCCAGCAAUAUGCAUCUCGCACGUCUGGUCAGCUCCUGCUCCCUCCUUCUGCUAUUGGGGGCCCUGCCUGGAUGGGCGGCCAGUGAUGACCCCAUUGAGAAGGUCAUUGAAGGGAUCAACCGAGGGCUGAGCAAUGCAGAGAGAGAGGUGGGCAAGGCCCUGGAAGGCAUUAACAAUGGAAUCACGCACGCUGGAAGGGAAGUGGAGAAGGUUUUCAAUGGACUUAGCAACAUGGGGAGCCAGGCCGGCAAGGAGUUGGACAAAGGCGUCCAGGGGCUCAACCACGGCAUGGACAAGGUAGCUCAUGAGAUCAACCAUGGUAUCGGACAAGCAGGAAAGGAAGCAGAGAAGUUUGCCCAUGGGGUCAACAACGCUGCUGGACAGGUUGGGAAGGAGGCAGACAAACUGAUACACCACGGGGUCCAUCAUGGGGCCAACCUGGCAGGAAGUGAGGCAGGGAGGUUCGGCCAGGGGGCACACCAUGCUGCGGAGCAGGCCGGAAAAGAGGUUGGGAGGUUCGGCCAGGGGGCACACCACGCUGCGGAGCAGGCCGGAAAAGAGGUUGGGAGGUUCGGCCAGGGGGCACACCACGCUUUGGGGCAGGCCGGAAACGAGGCUGGGAGGUUCGGCCAGGGGGCACACCACGCUUUGGGGCAGGCCGGAAACGAGGCUGGGAGGUUCGGCCAGGGGGCACACCACGCUUUGGGGCAGGCCGGAAACGAGGCUGGGAGGUUCGGCCAGGGGGCACACCACGCUUUGGGGCAGGCCGGAAACGAGGCUGGGAGGUUCGGCCAGGCACACCACGCUUUGGGGCAGGCCGGAAACGAGGCUGGGAGGUUCGGCCAGGGGGCACACCACGCUUUGGGGCAGGCCGGAAACGAGGCUGGGAGGUUCGGCCAGGGGGCACACCACGCUUUGGGGCAGGCCGGAAACGAGGCUGGGAGGUUCGGCCAGGGGGCACACCACGCUUUGGGGCAGGCCGGAAACGAGGCUGGGAGGUUCGGCCAGGGGGCACACCACGCUUUGGGGCAGGCCGGAAACGAGGCUGGGAGGUUCGGCCAGGGGGCACACCACACUGCAGAGCAGGCCGGAAAAGAGGCUGGGAGGUUCGGCCAGGGGGCACACCACGCUUUGGGGCAGGCCGGAAGCGAGGCUGGGAGGUUCGGCCAGGGGGCACACCACGCUGCAGAGCAGGCUGGAAAAGAGGCUGGGAGGUUCGGCCAGGGGGCACACCACGCUUUGGGGCAGGCCGGAAACGAGGCUGGGAGGUUCGGCCAGGGGAUCCAUCAUGGGCUCAAUGAGGGCUGGAAGGAGACAGAGAAGUUUGGGCAGGAGAUCCACCAUGCUGCCAAUCAGUUUGGGAAGGAGGCAGAGAAGCUCGGCCAGGGGGUUCCCCAUGCUGCCUCACAGGUGGGGAAGGAGGGUGACAGAAUAGUCCAAGGCCUCCAUCAUGGCGUUAAUCAGGCUGGAAGGGAGGUGGGGCAGUUUGGCCACGACAUUCACUACGCAGCAGGGCAGUCUGGGAAAGAGGGAGACAUGGCAAUCCAUGGUGUCCAACCUGGGGUCAACCAGGCCGGGAAGGAGGCGGGGCAGUUUGGCCAGGGAGUUCAUCAUACCCUUGAACAGGCUGGAAGGGAAGCAGACAAAGCCGUCCAGGGGUUCCACACUGGGGGGAAGGAAGCAGACAAAGCCGUCCAGGGGUUCCACACUGGGGUCAACCAGGCCGGGAAGGAAGCAGACAAAGCCGUCCAGGGGUUCCACACUGGGGUCAACCAGGCCGGGAAGGAAGCAGACAAAGCCGUCCAGGGGUUCCACACUGGGGUCAACCAGGCCGGGAAGGAGGCAGACAAAGCCGUCCAGGGGUUCCACACUGGGGUCAACCAGGCCGGGAAGGAGGCAGACAAAGCCGUCCAGGGGUUCCACACUGGGGUCAACCAGGCCGGGAAGGAGGCAGACAAAGCCGUCCAGGGGUUCCACACUGGGGUCAACCAGGCCGGGAAGGAGGCAGACAAAGCCGUCCAGGGGUUCCACACUGGGGUCAACCAGGCCGGAAAGGAGGCAGACAAAGCCGUCCAGGGGUUCCACACUGGGGUCAACCAGGCCGGGAAGGAGGCGGGGCAGUUUGGCCAGGGAGUUCAUCAUACCCUUGAACAGGCUGGAAGGGAAGCAGACAAAGCCGUCCAGGGGUUCCACACUGGGGUCAACCAGGCCGGGAAGGAGGCGGGGCAGUUUGGCCAGGGAGUUCAUCAUACCCUUGAACAGGCUGGAAGGGAAGCAGACAAAGCCGUCCAGGGGUUCCACACUGGGGUCAACCAGGCCGGGAAGGAAGCAGAAAAACUUGGCCAAGGGGUCAACCAUGCUGCUGACCAGGCCGGAAAGGAAGUGGAGAAGCUUGGCCAAGGUGCUCACCAUGCUGCUGGCCAGGCCGGGAAGGAGCAGCAGAAUGUUCAUAAUGGGGUCAACCAAGCCAGCAAGGAGCAGCUGCUGAAUGGCAACCAUCACGGCGGAUCUUCCGGCCAUCAAGGAGGGGCCGCAACCACGCCGUUAGCCUCUGGGGCCUCGGUCAACACGCCUUUCAUCAACCUUCCCACUCUGUGGAGGGGCAUUGCCAACAUCAUGCCCUAAACUGACACCCCACCUUGCUGGGAGACUAAUGCUGCCGUUGUCACAUCAGCUGACAUGACCUGGAGGGGUUUGGGGUGGGGGGGCAGAUUUCUGGAGUCCCUGAAGGGGGUCCUACUGGGAUUUGUGAAUAAACUUGAUACACUA